CUCGCUCUUGCUCUCUCUGUCAGCAGCAGAGCAAGGAACGUUUUCCAACGUUGUUCUUUCCACUCCAACUCUCCUACGAAGCGGAGGUUCUGCUCCUAUCACUCUCCACUUUUGAACAAGCUCUCCACGCAAGAAAUACUUCGCAAACAUGGUGAACUUUACUGUCGACGAGAUCCGCGGGAUGAUGGACAAGAAGAGGAAUAUCCGAAACAUGUCCGUCAUCGCUCACGUGGAUCAUGGAAAAUCUACUUUGACCGAUUCCCUCGUGUCCAAGGCUGGAAUUAUUGCAGGGUCGAAGGCUGGAGAAGCUCGUUUUACGGACACCCGUAAGGAUGAACAGGAACGUUGCAUCACUAUCAAGUCUACUGCCAUCACUAUGUACUUUGAGUUGGAAGAGCGUGAUUUAAUUUUCAUCAACCAACCGGAUCAGCGUGAUCCCGGAUCCAAGGGAUUCUUGAUUAACUUGAUCGAUUCUCCUGGACACGUUGACUUCUCGUCUGAAGUAACGGCUGCUCUUCGGGUCACGGAUGGAGCUUUGGUCGUCGUCGAUUGCGUUUCUGGUGUGUGCGUCCAGACGGAGACCGUCUUGCGUCAAGCCAUUGCUGAGAGGAUUAAGCCAGUCCUCUUCAUGAACAAGAUGGAUCGAGCUCUUUUAGAGUUGCAAUUGGAACAGGAGGAUCUUUACCAGACUUUCCAACGUAUUGUUGAAAAUGUGAACGUCAUUAUUGCAACUUACAAUGACGAUGGCGGUCCCAUGGGAGAGGUCCGAGUUGACCCAAGCAAGGGCUCUGUUGGAUUUGGGUCAGGUCUUCACGGUUGGGCUUUCACCCUGAAACAGUUUUCCGAGAUGUACGCUGAUAAGUUCAAGGUUGACGUGCACAAGAUGAUGACUCGCUUGUGGGGUGAAUCUUUCUUCAACCCUGCUACCAAAAAAUGGACCAAGAUGAAGGAUGGCGAAAACAAACGUGCAUUCAACAUGUAUGUUUUGGACCCAAUCUACAAGGUCUUUGAUGCCAUCAUGAACUACAAGAAGGAAGACAUUACCAAGUUGCUCACCAAGCUGGGUGUCAAGCUUCUCCCAGAAGAUCAGGACAAGGAUGGAAAACAAUUGUUGAAAGUAGUGAUGCGAACUUGGCUUCCAGCUGGGGAGACUCUUCUUCAGAUGAUUGCAAUUCAUCUGCCAUCGCCAGUUACGGCCCAGAAAUAUCGUAUGGAAAUGUUGUACGAAGGACCUCUUGAUGAUGAAGCCGCUAUUGGCAUCAAGACUUGCAACCCUGAAGGACCUCUGAUGAUGUACGUCUCCAAAAUGGUUCCCACCUCCGACAAGGGACGUUUCUAUGCAUUUGGCCGAGUCUUCUCUGGAAAAGUGUCGACAGGAAUGAAGGCUCGUAUCAUGGGACCCAACUACGUCCCGGGCAAGAAGGAAGAUGUUGCUGAAAAGACUAUCCAGCGUACAAUCUUGAUGAUGGGUCGUUACACUGAAGCCAUUGAAGAUGUUCCAUGUGGUAACAUUUGUGGUCUUGUUGGUGUUGAUCAAUUUUUGGUGAAGACUGGAACUAUCACCACAUUCAAGGAUGCCCAUAAUUUGAAGGUCAUGAAGUUCAGCGUGUCGCCUGUCGUGCGUGUGGCCGUGGAGCCAAAAAAUCCUGCCGACUUGCCCAAGUUGGUUGAAGGUCUUAAGCGUCUGGCCAAAUCCGAUCCUAUGGUCCAAUGUAUCAUUGAAGAAUCUGGAGAGCACAUCAUUGCUGGAGCUGGAGAACUCCAUUUGGAAAUUUGUCUUAAGGAUUUGGAAGAAGAUCAUGCUUGUAUCCCGAUCAAAAAGUCGGACCCUGUUGUCUCGUACCGAGAAACCGUAUCAGAUGAGUCGACCGAAACUUGUUUGUCCAAGUCACCCAACAAACACAAUCGUUUGUUCAUGAGGGCAGUACCCAUGCCGGAUGGCCUUCCUGAGGACAUUGACAACGGAAAAGUCAAUCCUCGUGAUGACUUCAAGAUUCGAGGGCGCUACUUGGCCGAUACGUACGAAUAUGACAUUACCGAGGCUAGGAAAAUCUGGUGCUUCGGUCCUGAUGGAACUGGCCCCAAUCUCCUGAUGGAUUGCACCAAGGGAGUCCAAUACUUGAACGAGAUCAAGGAUUCUGUUGUUGCUGGAUUCCAGUGGGCCUCCAAGGAGGGAGCUCUGGCUGAAGAAAAUAUGCGAGGUGUUCGAUUCAACAUCUACGACGUCACUCUACACGCUGACGCUAUUCAUCGUGGUGGUGGUCAAAUCAUCCCAACUGCUCGUCGUUGUUUGUAUGCCUGUCAACUGACUGCUUCUCCACGAAUGAUGGAGCCUGUGUAUCUCUGUGAGAUCCAGUGUCCUGAGAAUGCCGUUGGAGGAAUUUACGGUGUGCUCAAUCGUCGUCGUGGUGUGGUCUUUGAAGAAAUGCAGGUUGCUGGUACUCCGAUGUUCGUUGUCAAGUCGCAUUUGCCUGUCAACGAAUCAUUUGGUUUCACCGCUGACUUGAGAAGUAACACCGGAGGACAAGCUUUCCCUCAAUGCGUUUUCGACCACUGGCAAGUCUUCCCUGGGAAUCCAUUGGAAGCAGGAACGAAACCCUACCAAGUUGUCCAAGACACCCGAAAACGCAAGGGACUGAAAGAAGGUCUACCUGACCUUGCAUCAUACCUCGAUAAAAUGUAAAGAGGAGAUAUUCUAUCUAAUAUCAGGAAAAAAAAUAAAAAUCGUAAGCUACGUGAAGAAGAGAACUACAGUGGAUUGUGUUUGUUUGUUUUGGCAAUUUUCUGAGACAUUCUACCUAAUUUAAAUAUGAAAGUUAUGAUAAUGUAGCUGGUUGGUACAUUGAUUAUUUAUGUUGUAUUAAAUACUUCUAUUGUUGGUUUAUAAACAAAUUCUUUAUCCGGAACAUACUAAUCUGACAAAAUAUAUACAAUUUAGUUAGCA